GCUUAAACCGCGUGAGCGCUGAAAGCGGCCGUUUUCCCAAGAAGCACGCCGCCUCGUCGUUUCCGCGUUGUGGCCGUACGACGUUCAGUACCGUUCAAAAUGCGUUAGGGUGUGCAGCGCGACGCCGGCGACCCGUAAUCACCCCCUGAGUUAUAGCGGUCAUAACUUAUUUCCACGAUUCACGUGCGUUUGUUACCAUUAUUGCUAUCGUUAUUAAUAUACCUACGUAUAAAUUAAAAAUAUAUAUAAGCAGGCGGUGACGUCGACCGACUCGACCGCGGAUUUGAAAAAAAAACAUCCGAAAUGGACUCGAGUACCGAUUUUGGGGAAAUGAUUUAAACGUAAAAUGGUGGAAAAUGGCAAUUACACGGAGCUGAACUACGGUGACACGCCAUACCCGGACGAUGGAACUCCAUGGUUGGAUUCACCUACGUCCAACCAAGUCUUGGGCAUCGAAGAGACCGAAGAGACGUCCACCGUACCGUCGGAUAUGAUACCCACUGGGACCGGAGGUCCAAUUGUUAUACGGACCGAAGAGGCGUUCAUUGUCAUAUGUGUGAUGAUACUAUGGGUGGCGGCCAUUGCAUUGUUCUUCAACCGAUGGGGCAAAAUUCGAAUGCUCGAACCGUACCAGCCAAAAUUCCACGAAGAAGAACACCGUCCAAGCUGUCCAAUGGUCGAGUUGGCUGGCGCUUCGGGAAUCGGCCAUAGUAUAACCGGAGGGCACCGCACGUCGUUCUCCAAAUUCAACGUGAACAGCUGCCUGGAACCGUCAGCCAUUUUCCAAACGAUACAGCCGACGCACCGGGCCCUGCAAAUCCGGCCACGGCAGAACUCCAUGUUCGCGGGCGGUGGUGCGUUGCCGGGAGCGUGUGGCCCGUCGCAACUGGCCGGCCACUGCACGCUGAUGGCCGGUCGACCGCGCAAGGCCAAGUCAGCGGCUGACAUCAAGUCGCUAGUGCAGCACGAGUGCGGCCCCGCCCGGACCAGUCGUUCCAUGUUGCCGAUGACGGUGGGCGCGGCCGCAGUGGCCGCGGUGGCCGAGCGACGGGUGUCGUGCGCCGCGCCCACGACCACGUCGUCGUUUGGCGGUUACGGUUGCGGCAGUGGCGUCGGCGGCGGUCACGGUUACGGUUCGCUGUCCGUGGCUACGGUCAAGGAACGCCGGUCGUGCAGCCUGUUCCCGUCGCCAGCGUCCGACAAACGGUUCUUCUCGUCGUCGUCGUCCACCAACACGCCACCGGCCCCAUGCCUGUGCGACGUACCGUUCGGCCAACCGUCGUCGUCGUGGGCGUCCGCCAAGCGCGAUUUCCUCAUGACACCCUCCACGUCACUGGGUGGCGGUUCCGGAUUCAGCGGCGGCGGCGGCGCUGGUGGCCGGCGGACGUCUUGCGGCAUGGACCACCUGUGCCCGACGUCCAUAACGCUAAAGGACCGCCGGCCGUCUUUCAACAACGUCAUCGCUCAGGUGACGGCCGAACGGCGACCGUCGUCCAGCAUGCUCAGGAUCAGCAACGUUUAAUUAAUGCGGCACGGCGCAGUGUUCAUGCAGCAGUUGCAGUUGUUGCGGUUUGCAAUAUUAUAUUAUGAUUUAUAACUAUUAUAAAUUAUUGUUGUUGUUGUUGUUGUAAUUUCGUAUACACGCAGCCCCGACCGUCCACGAAAUGUAAAAUAUUAUAUUAUUAUUACUACGAUGCAGGUCGCGUCUUGAAAACUCCAAUUUUCUUUCCCUGGAAGAUUCCUACACACUCUUGAUGCUGUACAAUAUAACUCGCAAUUAUAUUUUUCAACCCCCUCAAAAUACAAGUUAUCAAGACUCGAACGUACGUAAAUGUUGUAUAUAUAUACUAUCAUAUAUAUAAUAUACGGGUUUGAUUUUUAAAGAUAAGUCUACGACACACGUGUACGUUUUAUGGGUUAAAUAGUAGCUAUUAUAAUAUAUACUUCGAUUUAAUAUAAAUUAUAAUAUUGUAUGUGCAUAUAAUAUCAAAUUAUUAUUACGUUAUAUUGUACCUAUAGUAACAUAUUUAAUAUUAUUAUUACGUCGAGAUAAGUCUUUUCGGAGAAUUACUCAAAAUUUGCCUAUUUAGAAUAUUUUUGACAGUUUUACUGUGUGAUUGUGAUGAGUGUUACUUUCAACUAUAAUAUUUGUAUGAGAAAUUGAGAUCAUUUCUAAAAGUACUGACAAUUCUUCAAACAGCAAGGCCACCGUCGAAUAGCAUCUUUAAAGGUUUUAUGGUAACGGAAUUUGUAGCCCUCAUAAAUAAUAAGCUGCUUCGAUUUCGAACUGUCAACAAAUUUUAUGAUCACACGAAUAGGUACCUACAGCUGAAUUCGUGAAUAUUAUAUAAUAUGGAAUAUUCGUAUUUUUUUUCUUUAUCAGUUGAUAAAAGUUUCAAGAUAAAAAACGUUGCACGAGCCGUGACUCAUCCGUCUAUCGAAAACUAACGUGCCGCAAUUCGCCAGUAUCCACUCUCCGAUAUCGUACUAUAAACAACAUCUCGGGUCCGUCCCGGACCUACAGUCAUUCAAAUUAUGAUUUUUGGAAUUUUGAGAUAAUAUGUAUACAGAUUAUAUAGAUACCUAGGUAUAUUAUACCAUUGAUUAUAGAACCAAUUCUAUUCUAUAUUCAAUGAUUAUACCUAUACUCAAAGUCCAGAGAUAAUUUUCUAAGUUACAAUUUUAUCAAGAUUUUUUUUGGAUUUAAAUUCAAUAUACAGACCCACAAUGGAUUUAGAACUAUAUAGGUACACACUGCGUUACAUACUAUCUUAAUUACAAUAUAUUUUGAAUAACAAUCAUAUAUUGGUACAAGUAUUCACGUCAAUGUGUGACAGUGUGCAGUGUAAUGAUCUGCAGCGGAACGAUAUUGUAUAGGUACCUACAUCAUAUUAAAUUUCCGAGCUUAAUCAUUUCCGAUCUGAGGAAAUGUCUCCUUGUCAGUCUCCUGAAGAUGACGUGCCGGAGGUGGUGUGUCAAAUUAAGACACACAUCGUGUCACCUACAUUAUUCACAGGUUCCUUAUUGUAGUUAUAAAGUUGUUAUUAAGAGGGCGUCGUACCAGCAUGUCUUGUCUCCGUCUUACAAACGUACGUUA